AUGGGCGGCCAGAAGAAACCCGCGAAGAAGAAGAAGUCCUCGUCCAGCGGCGGCGCCAAGGUGUCGUCGCAGACGCCCGUGUUCGGCUCCAUCGAGGACGGCGACGCCGAGGAGUUCGCGGAGUGCCUCGCGCGGACGCCCCAGUGCGUCCACGAGACGAACAAGAACGGGUGGACGCCGGCGCAUCAGGCGGCGUUCAGCGGCGAGGUCGAGAUGCUGAAGACGCUCAUCGCGAGAGGCGCGGCGGUGGACAAGCGCGAUCACGACGGCGACACGCCGGUGCACUACGCCGCGGCGCAGGGCGAGAUGGAUUGUAUCCGCGCGCUCGCGGACGCGGGGUGCGCGCUCGAGCUGAAAGACAACGACGGCGAGACCCCGGUGGACGUGGCGUCCAAGGCGGUGAAGAAGGACUUGAAAGCGCUCAUCAAGGAGAGGGCGGAGAGGGCGGAGAAGAAGGGCGAGGAGGAAGGAGUGGGGGGCGACGGGGGAGUGGAGGAGGCCGCGGCGACGCUGGCGGCGGCGUCGAUCGAGGAUUAG